UGGACAGCCAAAAUUCCCCGCUCCCUCCCGCCGACGACAACGCUCCCCAGCACAGCGACAACAACAUGGCCGCCGUCGUCGCCCCCGCUGCUCAGCACUCCCCCCUCACUCCCUCCAGCACCGCCUCCACCCCCACCGCUGGCGUCAACAAACGAUACCGCCCUGCCCCCGCCAAGACGUUCCAGUGCAGGGGAUACGGCGAGUGCAGGAUGGUCUUCAGCAGGAGCGAACACCUCGCCAGGCACAUCAGGAAACACACAGGCGAGCGCCCUUUCACCUGCCAUUGUGGGAAGCAAUUUUCGCGUCUCGACAACCUCCGCCAGCAUGCGCAGACCGUCCACGCCGACAAGCAGGAUUCCAACGAGCGUAUGAUGCACGAGCUCACCUCCCUCCAUGCCAGCAUGACCGCUGCCAACAAGGGCUCCAACCGCAGCAAACGUGCCGCCGCCGCCGUCCCCGCUGUGUCUGUCGCCGCCUCGUCAGCCCUCUCUGGGUCUGCCACGUCCAUGUCCAUCAAGCAGGAGGAUGGCCUGCACUCCCUGCCGUCCAUUCACCAGCGCCCGGGCACCAGCACCGGGUACGAGGGUGGAAAUCUCUAUCAUACGAGUGCUACAUGGCACGUACAGACGUCCGAAAUCGACCGCCCGAGCACCAACAACCAUUCCUUUCGUGACCCCGGCCAGUCCUUUCGUGGCCCUACCGCCGCCCUCUCGCAAUCCGCCGCAUCGUCUGCACCUCAACACCAAUACCCCGGCCAGUCCUUUCUCGUCCCCACCGCCGCCUCCUUCCAGUUCGGUCUCCCCGAGCUCGUCGGUGGGAGUCGUCCCGGAUCUAGUAGCGGCCCUGCAGCACAGGCAGAGUCCCUCCCAACUCUCCCUCCCCUCUCUGCCGUCGUCUCCUCCGCCCUCGCUUCCCCCCUCUCUCUCCCGCGCCCACCCUAUCCACCCGUCCCCGGACCACAUCACCAACAGCCACUCACAGAAUCACACAUUCUUCCCUUACCCACCCCAAGUGGGCCGUAUGGCGCCCAUGGUCGACGACCCUCCACCGCCGCUCGGCCAGGCACAGCUCCCGCAUCCUACUACUACGCAUCUGCUUACUCAGCAGGAGCUGGAGGCCUACCGGCAAUGGGCGCCCCUCGUGGCGGAGAACUAUCCUUACCCUCCAUCCAUACACUUGGACGCCUCGGCGGUGGUCUCGAGCCCCUAUCCCGACUCGCUUUCGGUGGAUAUGAUGGCGGAGACGAUCGUGAACCGACCUCUCCAGGGGGAGCGUUCGGCGACUCUCCGUUUUCAUUCCACGCUCCCGCAACCGUCCCGGAGGUCGCCUACGGAGGUGCCACGUCAGCAGCAUGUGCACUAUACGGCGAUGCCGCGCGGGGCGCAUAUAAUCCCAGGAAACGACCCCACGAGGGAUCCGACGAUGAUGAGCCACGGGGUCGUGAACGAGGAGAUGCUGGCCGCCCACCUAGCAGCGGUGGGCGAGGUGGCGAGUACGAGUACGGGAGCGACUCUCGGCCCCAGUCUCGACGGCUCUCCGUCAUGGAGCUCUGCAAUGACACAGAUGCAGAUGGAGCAGCAACUGGACCACAUGUACCGCUUGCAGCAGCAGCAGGCGCACGCGCAGAGCCAGCAUCCUCACGCUCGCGGCCCACCACUUCUUCAGCAGGACUCGUCUCGUCCGCUGCGCAGCUCGCACUCGUUGACCGCGGGAGCCCCGCAUGCGCCUCACGCUCACCCGGGCCUGACUCAGGCGCAAGCACACCGGUACUCGGUCGAGCUGCGACGGCAGCAGGAGGAGCAGCUACAUAUGCAGCAGCAGCAGCGGUUUCGGCAGCAGGAGGAGGAGGAACGCGAGCGGCGCAAUUCGGAGGAGGCGUUCAUGCAGCACCUCGCUCAGUAUGGCACCAGCGCGAGUCCGCACCCGCAGGGACUGGCGGACGGUCACCCGUACUUUCCACAGGUGGGGCCGGAUGGGGGAGCACACCAGGGUCACCUGUCGGGGGAUGGCGAGGAGGAGUAUCGUCACCCCGGGGGGAUGCUGUCACCGGGGUAUCAGCUGGUGGGAGUCCCAGGAGUGUCGGGAGCGGAGGGGAGUCCCACGGGGGGAAUGAUCAGGUACGAAUCCCCGCUGUCGUUGGAAUGAGGGCGUAGAGGUGGAGGGAAGCGGAACGAGCAGCACAACUCUCGUUGUCUAUACCGAACCUGCUCGUGAGUCUACAUCCUAAGGAGCCGUGCGUGCUACUGGAUCGCGUCUUUCGUUUCGGGGUUUCGUUUUCGUUUUCUUUGCUUCUUGGACCAUGAACCACAGCUAGU